AUGCUAUGCCACUUUCAGUGCCUCUGCCUGGUAAGUCCUUGCUCCCCCUCCACCAAACCCCCCCCACCAAAAAACCCCCAUCAUAUCAUCCCCAUUCACACUUGCCUCACUUUUUCUCUUUUUGAUAGGUCAGUGAACAAUUUCCUGAUAACAGGCCCUAAGGCCUAUCUAACCUACACUACCAGCGUGGCCCUGGGUGCCCAGAGUGGCAUUGAGGAGUGUAAGUUCCAAUUUGCUUGGGAACGCUGGAACUGCCCGGAAAAUGCUCUCCAGCUAUCCACUCACAACAGGUUAAGAAGUGCCACCAGGGAGACUUCCUUCAUUCAUGCCAUCAGCUCUGCUGGAGUCAUGUAUACCAUCACCAAGAACUGUAGCAUGGGCGACUUUGAAAACUGUGGCUGUGAUGAGUCAAAAAAUGGAAAAACAGGAGGUCAUGGCUGGAUCUGGGGAGGCUGCAGCGACAAUGUGGAAUUUGGGGAAAGGAUCUCCAAACUCUUUGUGGACAGCCUGGAAAAGGGAAAGGAUGCCAGAGCCCUGAUGAAUCUUCACAACAAUAGGGCAGGCAGGCUGGCAGUGAGAGCCAUCAUGAAAAGGAUCUGCAAAUGUCAUGGCAUCUCUGGAAGCUGCAGUAUCCAGACAUGUUGGCUGCAGCUGGCUGACUUCCGGGAGAUGGGAGACUACCUGAAGGCCAAGUACGAACGGGCCCUGAAAAUCGAGAUGGAUAAGCGUCAAUUAAGAGCUGGGAACAGUGCUGAGGGCUGCUGGGCACCCACUGAGGCCUUCCUUCCUAGUGCAGAAGCUGAGCUGAUCUUUUUGGAGGAAUCGCCAGAUUACUGUACCCGCAAUUCCAGCCUGGGCAUCUAUGGCACAGAAGGUCGGGAGUGUCUGCAGAAGAGCCACAACACAUCCAGGUGGGAGCAACGCAGCUGUGGGCGCUUGUGCACGGAGUGUGGCCUGCAGGUGGAGGAGAGAAGAACUGAGGCUAUCAGCAGCUGUAACUGCAAAUUCCAGUGGUGUUGCACAGUCAGGUGUGACCAGUGUAGGCAUGUGGUGAACAAGUACUACUGCACAAGCUCCCCAGGCAGUGCUUGAUAGCACCUCACACAAAUUCACUUGCUCAGUUGCACGACAACGGAAGCAGACACAGGUUUUUUCUCAGAGCAAGUGAAUUAGAAAACAACUGGAAAAAUUACAGGGUUAGUCUGUAGUCCUCUUCAUAUCUGCUAUUCAUCAGGAAAUGGAGGCCCAAGGUUAUACAGCAUAUUUUUCACAGUUGAAACUGGAACCUGGGGAUUCUAACUUGGGCAGACUCCUUUUCAUCUUUCUUGCAAGUUAUUUCCUGGUCUUCGUGCCUGCACUUUUGCAGCUUGUUAAAGAGGAGUUUGGUUUGGGGGUCAUAUCCAGAAAGACCUUCAAAGUACUUAUUGCUCUAAGUUUCAAAUCGCAUCCAACCUAGCUGUGCUGCCGAGAAUCAGAGGGAAUCAGAGUUCUGACCAGAAUCCUGAAGGUGCAACCUUCCCCUGUGCUGGCUGGCUCCAGGAAGAGCAACUGUAUGUUCAGGCAGAUAGACAAGUUGGGCAGAGACCUUACAUCUGCCCAAUGCAAGGUACUUAGGGUAUUGAGUUUUUCAUCUGAGUAUGCACUUUUAUAAAGUUCUUGGGGUGCCUGACUGGCUCGGUCAAUAGAAGAUGUGACUGUUGA